CAGAGAUCACUCAUGCACCACAAGGUGAAGAAUGAGCCCAUCAUGCUGGCGUUACAUACUGUAUGAGUAAAUAACAGUCUACAGUCAAUAUCUGUACCUACAUCUGCAACCGACACUCGUAUGCCUGUCUGGCAACCUGCCUCUUGUCUUGUCUGCCUCCACGUUCAUAGGUGUUGAGAAGCCAUUCACCCCCCAGUCAUGAUGGGGAAUUCCAGCAAGCUAGACAACGCCACCCUGUCCCUGUUUAUGAAUGUAAAUGCCAGCAUUGCCAUCUCUGUCAUCUACAUGAUCGUCACUACGAUUAACCUGGUAGGAAAUGGCCUUUCCAUGUGGAUCCUCAUCUUCCGUACCUCGCCCAAGACCCCCUCCAUCAUCUUCAUGAUUAAUCUCACCCUCACCGACUUAGCCCUUGGCGCUGCCCUGCCCUUUCAGAUCGCCUACCAGUUCCAAGGAUACAACUGGAAGUUGGGAGCCAAGAUGUGCAGUGUCAUGACCCUUGUCUUCUACACCAAUAUGUACUGUUCCGUCCUCACUAUGAUGGCCAUUGGAAUUGACCGCUACCUUGGCAUUGUCUGGCCAUUGCUGUUCAGGCAGAUCAGGAAGAGAAAGUCCAAUGCAGUCAUCAGCUGCAUCCUCAUGUGGGGUUUAGUCCUGAGCGUUCUGUACCCGCUGAUGACCACAGACCUGACCUUUGACAUUCCUGAACUCAACAUUAUCACAUGCUUUGACGUGCUAAAGAAAGACAUGCUCCCGAACGUGACUGCCUGGGCGGCCUUUCUCUUCAGCAUGGUGUUCGUCCUCUUCCUCUUCCCAUUCUGUGUCACAACAUUCUGCUACAUCAGUGUCAUACGCAAACUGGCCGAAGAUUCCAAGACAACCCAGAAAAAGAGAGCGAUACGUCUGGCCUUCAUUGUUCUCCUGGUCUUCACCUUGUGCUUUGCUCCAAACAACAUCCUUCUGUUGACUCACACUGUGCUGAGACUCUUCUAUAAGAAGUCUAUCUACAUGUCCUACAAACUGUCUCUCUGUUUCAGCUGCCUGAAUAGCUGCCUCGAUCCGUUCAUUUACUACUUUGCUUCCAAGGAUUUCAGACACAAGCUGAGACAGAUAAUUAAUCUGCAGAGUCUGAGUAGUGGGGACUCAAUGAAGAUGGAACAAAGAGAGACUUUGUACUCGGCACAUUGCACUUUCGAAGGUCAGGAGAGAGAACACAGCAAGGUGUCUUUGGUGCCCAAGAAAACCACAGCAUAGCCACAUGGAAUGACAAAAAGAGAAUAAAGAUUGACAGAGUUGUUAAAAAGGAAGUGAGAGAGAUAGCAAGUGUGGGUUGCCCUGAGUGAGCCAAGCUCUUAUGUCUAACAAUUUUAAAAUCAUUUUACUUCAGUUUUUUUAGGGAGCACCACGAAACAAAAGAACAUGGUCAGCAGCUGAGUCUUUUUGAUAACUUUAUCUUUAUUCUUGCAAAACAAAAAAUGUAAGACUGAAAAAACAUUUAUUGUAUGUGCAUUUUAAUAUCUGACACAAGCAUCAUAAUAGUUUUGACAAAAUAUGUAGCAUGCACAAGUGCAAAUGAAAUGUGAAUGGAAAGUUUGUGUUGUACAGUAUGAGCCUUCUCUGACUGAAAUUUUUAACAUUGUCUCUGUACAUAUCUCUGUAAAUGUCUGUAUACUAUACUGUGUUUUACUAUGAAUUUGUAUAGUUGACCUUUUAACCUUUUUAACUUGUUUCAGGAUCCUCAUUUUCCCUGUUUUUCUUCCUCUACAAAAAUAAAUGUAUUAAUAUUA